UUUGUCAAGCUGAAACCAGAAUCCAGGAUGAUUCGAUCUCCUUGAAUGCCUGGCUUGGAAAACCCAGCACCGAGCUUUGAAAACAUGUCACCCGGACACCAGGGGCUGAGGCUGUCCUGGGCGGGAGGUUGUGCCUGCCUCACGGAGCGAGAGAAGCGGGGAGACCAGACGUCGACCCUGGGGCGUGCCUCCUGGGGGGCUCCAGUGGCUGGUGUGGGAUAUUGGGAUCCUCCUUGGCAUGGCCUGUGGGAACGAGCGUUUGGAGAUAUGGCCCUUGACGCAGAGUGAGGAGUGCACUGUCACGGGUUUUCUGCGGGACAAGCUGCAGUACAGGAACCGACUUCAGUACAUGAAACACUACUUCCCCAUCAACUACAAGAUCAGUGUGCCUUACGAGGGGGUGUUCAGAAUCGCCAAUGUCACCAGGCUGCAGAGGGCCCGGGUGAGCGAGCGGGAGCUGCGGUAUCUGUGGGUCUUGGUGAGUCUCAGUGCCACUGAGUCGGUGCAGGACGUGCUGCUUCAUGGCCACCCGUCCUGGAAGUACCUGCAGGAGGUGCAGACGCUGCUGCUGAAUGUCCAGCAGGGCCUCACGGACGUGGAGGUCAGCCCCAAGGUGGAAUCCGUGUUGUCCCUCCUGAAUGCCCCAGGGCCGAACCUGAAGCCGGUGCGGCCCAAAGCCCUGCUGGACAACUGCUUCCGGGUCAUGGAGCUGCUGUACUGCUCCUGCUGUAAACAAAGCUCCGUCCUAAACUGGCAGGACUGUGAGGUGCCAAGUCCUCAGUCUUACUGCCCAGAGCCCUCAUUGCAAUAUGCGGCCACCCAGCUGUACCCUCCACCCCCGUGGUCCCCCAGCUCCCCGCCUCACUCCACAGGCUUGGCGAGGCCGGUCAGGGCACAGGGCGAGGGCCUCUUGCCCUGAGCACUCUGGAUGGUGACUGCAGAUAGGGGCAGCCAGACCAGCUCCCACAGGAGUUCAACUGGACCUGAGACUUCGAGGGGUG